GCCGGGAGAUUCAUUCACAACACAUUAUCAUUCUCUUUGCGACCGCGCGUUCUGUAUUCGGGAAGAAUACUUUCUCCCAAAGGUUUACCGUUUUAUAGAAUAGACUGAUGCACUUUUUAGACAGUUAAAGACUGACAGCGUUGGCGUCAGGUGCGCGACUUUACGCGCACUUUCUCAAGGAUACCCAAGCGCUAGACCAUCCUCUCUGAUGACUCCUGCUGAAAGAGGAACAACAUCUACAUAAACUGUUUACAGUUCAGCUCAGACUGAAAAGCAGGGUUUCAACAUCACCAAACGGAUAGUAAGACGCGCGAACCUUCCACGUCGCCCUCGAGCUCGUACCCUUGAUCCGCGCGCGUCCGAAUCAGCUGCUUGUCCGGAGCCCUGAAUCUUGAUCCUGACUGAAAGGGUGUUCAAAAGAUACCAAAUGGUUUUUCUUUGGGACGCCAAAUACGAACCUGUGCCUGGGCGACGCUUCACGCCUCCCUCAACAACCCUGAGCUCGGGGAAGAUGAACGAGGGAUUGCCCCUAGGGGCUCAGGAGAACAGCGGUGCCGCCCUGGUGGGCAAACUCCGCAUGGCUGACCGAAGCAUGGUGGAGGUACUUUCCGACCACCCUGGAGAGCUGGUGCGCACCGACAGCCCCAAUUUCCUCUGUUCUGUCCUGCCAACACACUGGCGCUGCAACAAGACGCUGCCCAUUGCCUUCAAGGUAGUUGCCCUUGGUGACAUCCCUGAUGGCACGCUAGUCACAGUGAUGGCCGGCAAUGAUGAGAAUUACUCUGCCGAACUUCGGAAUGCCACAGCUGCCAUCAAGAACCAAGUGGCCCGUUUUAAUGAUCUGCGUUUUGUUGGCCGCAGCGGACGAGGGAAGAGUUUCACUCUCACCAUCACGGUCUUCACAAACCCUCCUCAGGUGGCAACAUACCAGCGAGCCAUCAAGAUUACUGUAGACGGACCCCGCGAACCCCGACGCCACCGACAGAAGCCCGAUGAAGCAGUAAAGCCAGGCGCGUUAGCUUUCUCUGAGCAAUUGAGGCGAAGUGCCAUGCGGUGCAGUCCACACCACGGCCCUGCCCCCAACCCCCGUCCCGCCCUCAGCACUCCCCCCUUCAGCAGUCCCGCCCACAGCCAGAUUUCCGGUGAGUUAGACUCAAAAACACUCUGUACCUUACGCACAUCUACAUCAGUGAUGACACACAAGGGCAGUGCUGUUUGGGAACUCUAUUCAGUUCCAUUCUGUUCUGCCCUAUUCUAUUCUAGAUCUCUUCUACUGAGGGUAGACCUGUUGGUUAAAGGGUUACUUUAGACAAAAAUG